AUGCCUAUAUCUAAUCUACAUUAUCUUGAAUUAGAAGGUUCUUCUAGUUUUCAGUAUAUUGUAUCUGCUUUACAUAACAGUAAUAAUAGUCAUAUAGGAGACGAAGGAAGUACAGAUGCUACUUUAUUAUUACCGAUAUCACGUUUAUGCGCACGAUUAGAUGCAUUGCAUAAUUUACAAGAAUUAUGGUUAUUAUUAUAUAAUAUAUGCUGUGAACAAUCAAAUCGUUACUUGAAUACAAACUUUGUAACAACAGUAAAAUUAAUUGAUGUCCCGAAAUAUUUAAAUAUUUUAUUAUCUACAACAUCUGUCAACGAAGAUGAUACUGAGACAACAACAACAACUACUACUACUAAUAGUGAUGGGAAUCGUUUAAAAUUGAGAAAAACUUCAACAAAUAAUAGAAGUAAGAAUAAAUUAUAUCAUGAAUUACGUAGUCUUAUGAAUGAACAUUCAUUUACUACAAAUAUUGAAUCAUAUCAUCGUCGUCACCGUUCUCGUCGGCAUAGUGAUGGCAAUGAUGGUGAUGACAUGCCAGCAGUUAUGAAUACAUUUCCAAAUUCAAGAUAUGCAUGUUGUUCACCUGAAUAUGAUCAAUUAGUUGAAGAUUGUGCUGGUCGUUUAUUGAAUUCAUUAGAUUUUGAAAGUAUUAUUAAAGCUGCUGAUGACUGCCCUAUGGAUAACAGUGUCAAUUGGGCUGAAACGCAUAUUUUAUGCGGAUUACAUAUUGCUGGAGAAUUAAUUGAAUUUGGUAAAGCUUUACAAAAUAAAUUAGCUAAAGAGCCACAAUCUUUAUAUCAGUCAGUGUUCAAUGAAGUUGCUAUGAAUGCAGGAUUCACAUGA